AUGACAAGUUGGUACCCAAAAAGUUUGGAAAUGACAAAAUGCUACUUUUCGUCAGAAUCUAUUAACGAAUUUCGUUUGAAGAAGGACAAUAAGGAACUAUUUGGUAGAGUAGAUGGUGUUUGUGGUGGAGGUGAAGCUUUUGGUGGAUCAGAUGAUGGUGAUGGAGAUAAAUUUGAUGGUGAACGAGGACUUGUUGGUGGAUUGGCCACUGGUGGUGGAAGGGAAUUCGUUGGUGGAGUAAAUAUUGGUGUUGGUGGAGGUGAGCUCCUUGGUGGAUUAGAUACUUGCAGUGGUGGGGGCAAUGAAUUCAUUGGUGGAUUGGAUGCUACUGGUGAUGGUGGUGGUGGUCGACAUGAACUGGUUGGUGGAUUAGAUAUAGGUGGAGAUGGUGGUGGUGAUGUAGGUGAAAUGGAUUGUUGA